AAAAUUGUUAUUCCUACCCUGGUCGAGGUCCAACUAGACUACACUGCGCGGACGCUAGGGACGCCUCUCGAACGAACACUAAUUUUUUUGUAUUCGUGCAGCUCGCACACAUGCGCACAAAAAUGGACAUCUCUUACCUGUCUUUUUUUUGACCGUAAGUACUCGGUCGCAUACAUGGAAUCUUGA